AUGGGAAUGGGUGGAACGGUCAAGAUCGAGAAGAUCAAAAGUCUGUUGCAAGAUGCUGACCCUGGCCGUGGGGCGUUGAAGCAGUUGGCAUUGAGUACCGGCGGUUUCGUCAGCGAUGCAUUUCGGCAGACGAUCUGGCCUUUGAUUCUGGACGCCGAUGAGGAUGAGGAUUCGUCAGAACCGGAGUUAGACCCUCGCGUUUUAAAAUGA